CCCCGCCCCUCCGUCCGCGCCGCGCGGCCUCUCGGGGCGCUGGCGCAGCGAUGGCGGAGGCCGUGGAGCGUACCGACGAGCUGGUCCGCGAAUACCUGCUCUUCCGCGGCUUCACGCACACGUUGCGGCAGCUGGACGCCGAGAUCAAGGCGGACAAGGAGAAGGGGUUCCGGGUGGACAAAAUUGUGGACCAGCUGCAGCAGUUAAUGCAGGUGUAUGACUUGGCUGCCCUUCGGGAUUAUUGGAGCUACCUGGAGCGUCGACUCUUUAGCCGCUUGGAGGAUAUAUAUAGACCCACCAUCAACAAGUUGAAAACCAGCCUGUUGCGCUUUUAUCUAGUCUACACAAUCCAGACAAACAGAAAUGACAAGGCUCAGGAGUUCUUUGCAAAACAGGCCACGGAACUCCAGAACCAGGCCGAGUGGAAAGAUUGGUUUGUCUUGCCCUUCCUGCCAUCACCAGACACCAACCCCACCUUUGCUACCUACUUUUCUCGACAGUGGGCUGACACCUUUAUUGUGUCCCUGCACAACUUCCUGAGCGUCCUGUUUCAGUGCAUGCCAGUGCCUGUGAUCCUGAACUUUGAUGCAGAGUGUCAGAGGACCAACCAGGUUCAAGAAGAAAAUGAAAUUCUGCGUCAGAAGCUUUUUGCAUUGCAAGCUGAAAUUCACCGACUGAAGAAAGAGGAGCAACAGCCAGAAGAGGAAGAGGCCUUGGUCCAACACAAAUUGCCUCCCUAUGUUUCCAGUAUGGACCGCCUGGGGGACUCAGAACUUCCUGUGACUCUGUGGUAUGUCUUCUUGACCAGAGCCAUGGUGUGCAGCCAGAGGAACACCUCCCUCUCCCAUUCACCUCGCGUGGGCUUCCUGUCCUUGCUACUGCCUCAGAGUAAGAAGAGCCCCUCAAGAUUGUCACCUGCCCAGGGUCCCUCUCAGGCUCAGAGCUCGGCCAAGAAAGAGUCCUUCAGCAGUCAGGCCACCAAGGGAAAGGACCUAAUGUCUGGGACCAAGGAUGGGAAGAGCCUCCUCAGCGGGCUGGCCACUGGGGAGUCUGGCUGGUCACAGCACCGGCAGCGACGCCUGCAGGACCAUGGCAAGGAGAGGAAGGAACUUUUCUCUACCACCACUUCCCAGUAUGCUGAGAAGAAGCUGGAAGCCAGUGGCCCAGAGGCAGAGCCCUGCCCAGAGCUCCACACAGAACAAGUGGAGCCUCUGACCCGAGCUUCCACCGCAGGACUUGAGGGUGGAGGAGCUCGCCCCGAGCAGCCCUUUAUUGUGCUGGGCCAGGAAGAGUAUGGGGAACACCAUUCGUCCAUCAUGCACUGCAGGGUGGAUUGCUCUGGGAGGAGGGUUGCCAGCUUAGAUGUAGAUGGUGUCAUCAAAGUGUGGUCCUUCAACCCCAUCAUGCAGACCAAAGCAUCCUCCAUUUCCAAGUCACCUCUGCUGUCUUUGGAAUGGGCCACCAAGCGGGACAGACUGCUCUUGCUGGGCAGUGGUGUGGGGACAGUACGUCUUUAUGACACAGAAGCCAAGAAGAAUCUCUGUGAAAUUAACAUCAAUGAUGACAUGCCCAGGAUCCUGUCUCUUGCGUGUAGCCCCAAUGGGGCCUCUUUCGUCUGUUCUGCGGCAGCUCCAAGCCUCACUGCCCAGGUGGACUCCUCAGUACUAGACAUCAGCAGCAAGGGCGCAAGCCAAGUUCCCGGCAAGCUGCUGCUGUGGGACACAAAAUCUAUGAAACAGCAGCUCCAGUUCUCCCUGGAUCCAGAACCCAUUGCUGUCAACUGUACAGCCUUCAAUCACAAUGGGAACCUGUUGGUCACAGGGGCAGCCGAUGGCGUCAUCCGGCUGUUUGACAUGCAGCAGCACGAAUGCGCGAUGAGCUGGAGGGCCCACUGUGGAGAGGUCUACUCCGUGGAGUUCAGCUACGAUGAGAACACUGUGUACAGCAUUGGCGAGGAUGGGAAGUUCAUCCAGUGGAACAUCCACAAGAGCGGCUUGAAGGUGUCCGAAUACAGCCUCCCUUCGGAUGCCACAGGCCCCUUUGUACUGUCCGGAUACAGCGGCUACAAGCAGGUUCAAGUUCCCAGGGGCCGACUCUUCGCUUUUGACUCAGAGGGCAAUUACAUGCUGACCUGUUCUGCCACAGGGGGCAUCAUCUACAAGAUGGGUGGUGAUGAGAAGGUUCUGGAGAGCUGCUUGAGUCUGGGUGGCCACCGGGCCCCUGUGGUUACUGUGGACUGGAGCACUGCCAUGGACUGCGGGACGUGCCUCACUGCCUCUAUGGAUGGCAAGAUCAAGCUGACCACUCUUCUGGCCCAUAAAGUCUGAUGGCCCUGCCUGGAAGGAUACCCGCAGAAGCAGUAUUAUCCUGGAGGUGGGGAAGAUACAGGGUGGGAAAAGUGUACUCCGCCUCCAGCUCCCUGCCAGCACAGUGAAUCUGAACAGAUACAAUCCCAAGGCCAUGUGGACUAGGUGGCAUAGAGACCAGUCAGUGUCAAGGGCUGUGCUAAAAACAUGCUUCAGACUGUGGGAGCAAAGUUCCAGAGGAAAGAAGCAUUGUGGUGGUUGCUGUUUUGGCCCAGGAGAAAUUGACAGUAUUUCAUAUAUAAUUGCUCAUUUUCUUCUUUAAAAAAGAGAAUGCUCUUGUGGU